UUUGUUUACAGUUUCAUUUUUGAAUCGGAAAUUGUGAAGCAGCAUUUAGUACCCACGUAAUAAUAUUUAAAAAGUGUUGACUUAUCAAAUGAAUUCCAUAUAAAUAAACCAUGGUAUUAGAAGGGAAUAAAAUUUCUGAGCAAAUUCGAAAAUUUGAUGCUUAUCCUAAAACUCUUGAAGAUUUUAGAGUUAAAACUUUUGCUGGAGCUGCGGUGACUGUUGUCAGUACUGUGAUAAUUACUUUGCUCUUCAUAUCAGAGCUAAAUUAUUAUUUAACACCUGAAAUUACCGAAGAACUUUUUGUUGAUGUCUCACGUGGUGAAAAACUCAGAAUCAACAUUGAUGUCACAUUCCCCAAAGUAAUGUGUGAUUUUCUUUCUAUUGAUGCAAUGGAUGUCUCAGGUGAGCAACAAAUCAAUUUAGAACAUAAUAUUUAUAAACGAAGAUUAGAUGAAAAUGGGAAACCUUUAGAGAAACCUGAAAAAGAAAAAGUUGGGUCAUCUGAAGUUAUGAAUGUUACAAUCCCACCUACUUUAGAUCCAAAUCGAUGUGAAAGUUGUUAUGGAGCAGAAGUGCCACCAAGAAAUUGUUGCAAUACUUGUGAGGAUGUUCAGAAUGCAUAUCGAAUGAGAGGUUGGGCUGUCCCAGACAGCAAUACUUUUGUACAGUGUGUUAGGGAAGGUUGGUCAAAGAAAUUAGAAUCAGUAGACAAAGAAGGAUGCCAAAUAUUUGGAUAUCUCGAUGUAAACAGGGUUGCUGGAAAUUUUCAUAUUGCGCCAGGAAAAACAUUUACACAGCACCAUGUGCAUGUACAUGAUCUCCAACCAUUUGCAGCUAGUCAGUUUAACUUAACGCACAGAAUUCGCCAUUUGUCAUUCGGUCGCAGUUUACCUGGAAAGACCAAUCCACUUGAUGGUACAGUUCAAGUUGCAGAAGUAGGGGCUAUGAUGUUUCAAUACUAUGUAAAAAUAGUUCCCACGAUGUAUGCACGUGCGGAUGGGCAGACUUUGUACACAAAUCAAUUCGCUGUUACUCGUCAUCAAAAGCAAGUUUCCACUCUGUUUGGUGAUCAGGGUCUUCCUGGAGUAUUUGUUAUAUAUGAACUUGCACCAUUGAUGAUUAAAUAUGGAGAAAAACAGAAGUCUUUCUUCCAUUUUUUAACUAGCGUUUGUGCAAUAGUAGGUGGUGUUUUCACAGUUGCAGGUAUGAUUGAUUCAGCCAUUUACCACUCAUCAAGAGUCAUACAAAAGAUCGAAAUUGGAAAAAUUAGUUGAUGACGAUUCCUGCUUAUUAUUUAUUUUAACAAUGUCUUUGAACUUCCCCUUUUUCUAUUGUGAUGAAUUUUUUUCUUCCAUUCCACAUCAAGAAAUAAAGCACAAAAGUAUUUAUACUUAAUUUUGAUCUGAUUUUCUACCUGAAAAAUUCCAGAUUAUUGAUAAAUAUUUCUUGGUUAUCUUACUUUUUCCUUCAAUAUAUAUAUAUAUAUGUUCUUAUUUUUCAAGUGAAAAUACUUGCAUGUCUGUUUCUGUGUAAAAUGUCUGUC